UUAAAAGUAAAACUCUGGUAGGCUCGUCUUGUUUUCUCACGUUUUAGGUAAACUGCAAGGGUCUUUUAUGUAACAAUUAGUUUCUCAGAAUAACCGGACGUCUUUUUGGAGUGACGAGAGGCCGAGGGCUGGUUUGUGGCAGCACCGCAGAUGGUCAGGCGAGUCUCCUAGUUUGACCAUCUGCCCCAUAUCAAUGUGCUGCGCCGAAGCCUAGGAUGUCCAAGCUUUCUCUGGGACAAAAGGUUGCCCAAAGCAAAGUGAACCGCUGGGUGGACCCAUCCUUCACUGAUCUGUCGGGGAAAUCAGCUCUCUCCGGGGUGAGGAAGGGCCGCCAGGCUCGGCUUUCCAAGGAUGAACUCUGUGGAAGCAACAGGAGCAAGAAGAGGAGGGGAGAGGCCAGCACCUCCUCCUCCACCACCUGCCUGGACAGAGGGCCUCCCCUCAGGGAGCAGGACGAGCCCUGGGUGGACAGACACACACCCCGCUGCCAGGCUGAGCUAGCUGUGCACAAGAAGAAAAUAGAGGAGGUGGAGAACUGGAUGAGAGCACAUGCUGACACUAAAGCCUUAAAGGGUGGUGCUGUCCUGUUGCUGACGGGUCCAUCUGGCUGUGGGAAGAGUGCUACAGUGCAGGUUUUGUCACGGGAGCUGGGCUUCAGGGUGCAGGAGUGGACCAACCCCUCCAGUGUGGACCCAGAUGUCAACAUAUUUGACUCUGAGCCUGCCUGGAGGUUGAACGGUUUUCCCAGCAGCCAAUCUGCCCAGUUCCAGGAUUUCCUCCUCAGGGCCAACAAGUACAACUGCCUGCAGAUGGCUGGAGAUGGAGGUAGCUCAGACAAGAAGCUUAUCCUUGUGGAGGACUUUCCAAACCAGUUCUACAGGCAUCCAGGAAGCCUGCAUGAUAUCCUGAGGAGGUUUGUGAAAACCAGCAGAUGUCCCUUGGUGUUUAUAGUGUCGGACAGUCUGAGUGGAGACAGCAGCUCCAGGUUUCUGUUCCCCAAAGAGAUCCAGGAAGAGCUGGGCAUCAGCUGCAUCAGUUUCAACCCGGUGGCUCCAACCACGAUGAUGAAGGUCCUCGUUCGCAUCGCCACCUUGGAGGCAGGAAAGAGCGGAGGGCGGGUAUCUGUUCCUGACCAAAGUGUGCUGGAGAUGCUGUGUUCAGGAAGUUCAGGAGAUAUUCGCAGUGCCAUCAACAGUCUGCAGUUCUCCUCUCUCCCAGAUAUGUCACUGGAAAAGGGGCUGUGGGGGAAGAAGAAGGACAGAUCUGCCACCUCAUUAGGCAAAGUAACUUCCACGACAACUAUGAGGAAGAGGAAGAACAAAGAGACAAAGGAGCAGGAAGAAGAGCAGGCAAUCGGAGGAAAAGAUGCUUCUCUUUUCCUGUUCAGAGCAUUGGGGAAAAUCCUGCACUGCAAGCGAGGAAACACGGAGGGUGCUGGAGGCUGCCAUGGGCCCGGCCUGCCGUCUCAUCUGUCACAACACCACAGACAGACACUGCUCGUAGACCCUGAGGUGGUGGUGGAGCGCUCGCACAUGUCUGGGGAGUUCUUUAACCUGUACCUCCACCAGAACUACCUGGACUUCUUCUCCGAGGUGGAAGAUGUGGUCCGGGCCAGCGAGUAUCUGUCUGAUGCUGACUUCCUCACUGCCGACUGGACCAAUCGCAGCAGCCUGGGGGAGUACGGUCCCUCAGUGGCCACCAGGGGUCUCCUUCACUCCAACUCCACACAAGUGUCUGUCGGAUUCAGACCGCUGCACAAACCCAACUGGCUGCUUGUCAGCAAGAAGUAUCGUGAGAACAGCCUGGCUGCCCGCUCUCUGUUCGCCGACUUCUGUCUAACUCCUGUCAGCCUGCAGACUGAGCUGCUGCCCUACCUGGCAAAGCUCACCAACCCUUUGAGGAACCAAGCUCAGAUCACCUUUAUCCAGGAUGUUGGUCAGCUCCCGCUGAGGCUGUCCCGUGGCAGGUUGAAACUGGAGGUCCUGACAGACAAAGAGCCAGGCCUGUUCGAGGUGAACAGUGAGGAGGAAGAAGAGGAGGAGGCUGAUGGAGGCCAAGCAGGGCAAGGUGGUGGUCUGCCGGCCAGCCAGCCCCGGCCCACCACAGGCCAAGACCUGGAGGAGGAGGAGCUGCUGAUCGAGGAGUACGACAGUGACUGACAGAGCCCGCAAACUGCCUUACCGCUAAACUGUGAUUCUUUUGGACUGUUUGACUUUUCUAUUGUAAUAUUGGCACUCAUGCCAAUUGUUGAUAUGAUGAUGGUUAUGGCAAGGUUUUUUUGCCUCCCUGGGGCAUCACUUCGACAGUAUAUGGUCAUGCUUGUAAGAAUCUUAUUGUCUUUGUGGCACCUGAAACUUAAUGUGAGUCAUCAUCUGUAUUGCAGUAAAGGGAAUUAAUUGUAAUAAUUUCCCAAGCCAGCUCUUACAGCUCAGUUCAGAUGAAAUAUUGUCAAUAUUUAUUUGUUUUAAGUGCAGGUUCAGCGCUUACUUUUUGUAUUUCAGAUAGUUGAGGAAGGCUGGGUUGUUUCUGCCCAGUUGUAGUAAGUUUUCAUGAAGCUUUGUCAAGAACCAUUCCCCACACUGGAGGACUGAUGAAGAAUUUUUCUUUAUUCUUUCUCGAGUGGAAAAAAGAAAUGUUACUUUAAAUGCUUAUUUAAAACAGAUUUUGUCUGUGGAAACUCAAAAUAAGCUUGUGAAUAAAAAUAAUGUUGAA